GUCAGUUCAGUGAGAAGAGGAGCAGGAGGUGGAGAAGGUGGAGGAAGCAGAAGCAGAACUGAAGCAGAACUGAGAAGAAGUGCGUUUUAUUCCACAGAUGAUGAUCCGUGGGUGCGGGGAAGAGCUCCAGCUGGAUGGAGGAGAUGUUUAACGGAGGAUUUCUCUCUCAGCCAGGCUCAGAGUUCGGGAUAAAGGCUGUGGGAGAGUUCGCGCUUUCAUCUGGAACUAAAUAAUAAUAAUAAUAAUAAUAAUAAUAAUAAUAAAGACUCGUAAUCACACACAAACAACACGGAGUGUCUUUAAUCCGAUAUAAACCACUUUAACUGGGCGGCGUGAGAGCACAUCCACCAUGGUGCAGCAGUAUCAAUCCCCUGUUCGUGUGUAUAAACACCCCUUCGAGCUGGUCAUGGCGGCGUACGAGAGGAGGUUCCCCACGUGUCAUCUCAUCCCCAUGUUCGUGGCCAGCGACGUCCUCAACGAGGAGACGAGCGAAGAUAACUCCGCGCACAAAGUCGAGAGGAGGUGCAAGCUGGACAUCGACGCCCCUCGACUCCUGAAAAGGAUUGCAGGCGUCGACUACGUUUACUUCAUCCAGAAGAACACGCUGAACCGCAGAGAGAGGACGCUGCACAUCGAGUCGCACAACGAGACCUUCUCAAACCGCGUCAUCAUCCAUGAGCUCUGCUGCUACUCAGUUCACCCUGAGAACGAGGACUGGACAUGUUUCGAGCAGUCUGCCAGCCUAGACAUCAAAUCCUUCUUCGGUUUCGAGAGCACUGUGGAGAAAAUCGCCAUGAAGCAGUACGCCAACAGCAUCAAAAAGGGUAAAGAGAUCAUCGAGUACUACCUGAGAGAGCUGGAGGAGGAGGGCAUUACCCACGUGCCCCGCUGGAGCCCCAACACCUCCCUCAUUCAGCCCGUUGUCGCGGUCACACCCCCGGCUCCUCCCUCCACGGCUCCCAUCGCCAUCACCGCCUCCGCAGAUUCGGCCAAAGACGCGGCGGCGUGUAAAGAAAGCAGCAGUCCGGUGGGCAGCGCCAACGAGCCGCUCGCCGCCACGCCCGAUGAUAAACUGGACGCUGACUACAUUAACCGUUACCUGGGUGACCUCACACCUCUACAGGAAAGCUGCCUCAUACGCCUCCGCAGCUGGCUGCAGGAAACACACAAGGGCAAAAUCCCGAAGGACCAGCACAUCCUGCGCUUCCUACGAGCGAGAGACUUCAACAUGGACAAAGCACGAGAGAUCCUGUGUCAGUCUCUCACCUGGAGGAAGCAGCACCAGGUGGAUUACCUGCUGGACACCUGGAGUUCACCACAGGUCCUCCACGAUUACUACACCGGGGGAUGGCACCAUCACGACCGUGAUGGCCGUCCUCUCUAUAUCCUGCGUCUGGGACAGAUGGACACUAAAGGUCUGGUUCGAGCUCUAGGGGAGGAGUCACUGCUCAGACAUGUCUUGUCUAUAAAUGAGGAGGGAUUGAGGAGGUGUGAAGAGAACACUAAGGUGUUUGGACGCCCAAUCAGUUGUUGGACAUGUCUGGUGGAUCUGGAGGGUUUGAACAUGAGGCAUUUGUGGCGUCCAGGCGUUAAAGCUCUCCUGCGCAUCAUUGAAGUGGUGGAAGCAAAUUACCCAGAAACCCUUGGGCGCCUCCUCAUCCUGCGUGCGCCCCGGGUCUUCCCUGUGCUCUGGACUCUGGUGAGUCCGUUCAUCGACGAGAACACGCGUAAGAAGUUCCUGAUCUACGCUGGGAACGACUACCAGGGUCCUGGUGGUCUGGUGGAUUACAUCGAUAAGGAAGUCAUCCCCGACUUCCUGGGUGGAGAGUGUAUGUGUGAGGUUCCUGAGGGUGGCCUGGUUCCCAAAUCCCUCUACAGAACCGCAGAGGAACUGGAGAACGACGACAUCAAACUGUGGACGGAAACCAUCUACCAGAGCGCCAGUGUGUUUAAGGGAGCGCCGCACGAGCUGCUGAUCGAGAUCAUUGACGCCUCCUCUGUAAUCACCUGGGACUUCGACGUGUGUAAAGGAGACGUGGUGUUUAACAUCUAUCACUCCAAACGGGCUCCUCAGCCGGCCAGGAAAGAGGCGCUGGCGUCGCACGGGAUCACGUCACCCGGGGGCAAUAACGUGCAGCUCAUUGACAAGUCGUGGCAGUUGGGGCAGGACUACAGCAUGGUGGAGUCUCCACUCACCUGUAAAGAGGGAGAGAGCGUGCAGGGUUCUCAUGUGACACGCUGGCCAGGGUUCUACAUCCUCCAGUGGAGGUUCCACUCCAUGCCUGCAUGCGCAGCCACCAACCUGCCGCGUGUGGACGACGUGUUAGCCACGCUGCAGGUUUCCUCUCACAAGUGUAAAGUCAUGUACUACACCGAGGUCCUGGGCUCCGAGGACUUCAGAACGGCUUGCUGCGAUGUGCAGAGUUUGGGUUCGAUGACGAGCCUGGAGUCGAGUCACAGCGGAUUCUCUCAGCUCAGCGCCGCCACCACGUCCUCCAGCCAAUCACAGUCCAGCUCCAUGAUCUCCAGGUAGAGCCAGGAGACAGGAGAUGGAUGACGGGGAGGAGCGCGAGGCCGAGUAAAAAGAAAAAUAACAUAUUUGAUAUCAGCGCCGUGGCGUUAAAGGGCUUUGAUCUGCGUUGCCGUGGUGCUCGGCUGAGCUGCUGGUCAGUUCGCUGGGUACCUGUUUCCUCUUGAACCGAGUGAUACAAGGAUCUCAAAAAAAAAUAAAACAGGAUGAGCUGUUACACACACACACACACACACACACACACACACACACACACACACACACACACACACACAAAGGGCACAGUAAUACUGUAUACAUAUGUUUUUUUUUUUUCUUUUUGCCAUAUCGCUGGUGGUUUCAGCGUUUAUAGGUCAAAGGUCAGGGUUGUAAGUGUGGCGACGUGGCCACAUAAAGCAAUAAACAUUUCUAUUUGUAUUUAUCAUGAGUGUGUAACGCGGUUUGCCGGUGUUUAAGGUGCUCUGUGCUUCAUUAGAUAUUAGUUUUCUGCCUGCUUGUGAAAGUAAUCCUAAAAAUCUCUUCUCGAUGCCUUCGUCCAGUCGCAAACUCGCAAACGAUUCGUUCCUAUGCAUCCGAAAGCCUGGGGGAGGGUGGGGUUUGGAGCGAGGGCUACUUUUUAUGGUUUUUAGGUCAAAAUGAAAUAAAUAGAAUUGCUGUGGGUUUGUAACAGACGCCUUUUAUGGGAAAUUAACCCUAACUGCAUGCUAGCGUUAGAAUUAACCAGGCUAAAGUUUAGCGAUGAAAUAGAACUUGUAGUGAAAAAAUACACAAGUAGUAACAAUUACACAAUUUCUUCGGUUUACAGCAUGAAAAGUGUCGACGCCAAAAUCAGACUAGUGCAAAAAAUUCUUUAAAAAAAAAAAACGUAGACGACGUGAAACGAGGUGGUGAAUUAAUUCGUUUUCCUUUUUUUUUUUUUUUUUUUUUUUUAAUUAUACAAACUAUUUAAGGAUGACGAAUGAAAAAGGCAGAAGUUCAUUUCCUCCUCAUCAGUAACAGGUCAUUAACCUCCUUCUGUUGUGCACAUCCUCGUGCUGGCUAGUGAACUCCAACACUUUCACUGGGCAUUAAAGUCAUUUUAACCUCAUCGAACGCUUGGAUUCUCUGGACCUCUGUAGUUUUUUGUUUUUUUUUAACAAUUAGGUCACGAUAUUCUGAAUGACGGCUUUUCGGGUCAGUUUAUUUCUGUACUUUGUGUUUGAGGACAUCAGAGUCGUAAAUGUUUUUACUGUGUGUUCAGGUCGGGGUGUGAGCUGCACUGCUGGAUGAUGAUGAUGAUGAUGAUGAUGAUGAUGAUUUAUUAUUCAACUCCUCUCCAUUACAGUAACGAGUGUGUGUCGGUCAGUUAACGUUUACUUUACUCAGCCAGAACACGCCUGUGCAGGUCAUGAGCGGAGCCCAGAGGUCAUAACCACUUGUGAGGACGUUUCAGGAAGUUUAAUUUUUUGGUGGCUGUAUUUAGGGUUUGUUAGAACAGCUGAGGGUGAAUGUGAAGGUCUCUGAGGCAGUCUGUAGAACGAUCAUGGAUUUGGUCCCAAUAUGCUCUUGUUUGUGUGUGUGUGUGUGUGUGAGAGAGAGAAAGAGAGGUAUAUAAUGCUCGCUCGACCAUUUAUCCAGUACUGUCAUGCUGUGGUGCUUUAGGUGAUAACAUGAGUGAUGACCUUAGUGACAGCGAGGUUUAUCCUCAUCACGUGUUCUGAAUGCGGUCCAGAACGUUCGCUCACGUGCCACAGGCUUAGACUUGAAAGAGAAAAUUUGUGAUGCAUGUUGUGGACAUUUUGUUUGUCGUUUGUGCGUUUUUUGUAUAUUUCCCCUCCAUAUUACACAGAAACGGAGAAGCAGAGCGACGGUCACGUGACGAUUAAACACGUUUGUGUGUGUGUGUGUGUGUGUGUGUGUGUGAGAGGUUUAGUGUGGAGGUGAUACUGAAGGGGUGAAGGAUGUUUUCGAGGUUUCAGGUAGUGAAAUAUAAAUCAGUGUAUUUUACAUUCGACGUGUCGUAAACACAUAAGCGACCACGUGAGGAGACGAGUGUUGUCUGAUUAGGUUUUGUUUGGUUUUAAUCUUUGGUGCGAAUCAAAUCAGAAUUCAGAAUGUUUACCAAGAACGGGACGCUCUUGUGAAUAUAACACACUUACACCCUAAAAUGAGAGCUCGCAACACGUGACGGCCUUUAAUCUCGUCAACCAGGAAAAGGAGUCAGAUCUGAGCUCCGAACACGAACGUGUAAAGUCCUGGGUCCUUUUAUUUCUCCCUUUGGGGGUUGUGGGGGGGUAAGAGGGGGCUGUGUGGGGUUGUUGUGUUCUUCUUCUCAUCUGUUACUCCUGAAGCAGUCCAACAGUUUACAGCAACACAAUGAACCGGACGUUCAACACCUUUUUAAGGUCAAGAUGCUGAGACCCAGAACGAUCUGCCUGGGUUUCUGCUCACGUUGUUAUCGUUAUUUAAAGUGUAUGUUAAUGAUGUUUGUGUGUAGCGUCGUUUAUCGUGUGUAACCCGUAAGAGGGUUUAUAUGGUUUUAUAGCAACACGUCAGAGCGAGCGGAAUGUCAUCAGCUUCAGCGCUCAGUUUUUAUUACCUGUUUAUGGCAGCUUUCACACUCCGCCUCAUGUUACCAUAGCGACCGUCUCUUCCCAGCGCACACAUCAUUGUGUCGAGUUUUCAGUUUGAUUUCUUUUCCCACCGAACAGAUUAAUUUAACGCCGUCACAAACUCGCCAUCCGACCGGUCAAGAACGGAGGAAGACUUUUUUUUUUUUGGGGGGCUGAAAGUGUGAAAGCAGCCUGCGGCAUGUUACACGUCACCACUGAAAUAAUUCUCUUACAGUUACUGUAUAAAAGAAAUAAUAAAGAAUGAUAGAAUACAGUAGUGAUUAGUUUACUUUACUAACACAGACGAGCAGGUCAUGGAGUCCAGAGAGAGAGAGAGAGAGAGAGAGAGAGAGAGAGAGAGUGAAUUCGUCAAAACUUCCUGAAACCAACUCAAUCCUCCAUCCAAUGUUUGUCUCCUGUUGGAUCUAAAGCCCCCUCAUCUCUUUCUCUCCCUUUCUCUCUCUCUCUCCCUCUCUCUCUUUCUCUCUCUCUCUCUUUCUCUCUCUCCCCCCCCUCUCUCUCGUGAAGUCCUCUGUCUCCGGCUGUAUGAGGGCUAUGUACAUAGCAGAAAUGUACAACUAUAUAUAUAUAAAUAUAAACUGUACAUCUUUUAUGUUUAUUUUUUCUCCUCAUGAAUGUUCAUUUCUCCGUCCUCACGCGCCGAAGUCUUCGUCCAUGAACACUGCAUAUCUCUGUAUCACUCUGAGAAAACGAUGAUUGUGUAAAGAAUGAAACAAAAAAAAUCAUUUUGGAGAUUAAUAUAUGAGCGAAUGAGAGAGAUCCUUUACAUUUGUUUUUCUUUGGAGGAAAUAAUUAAACUUGAAUUAAAGAG